AAAAAAGAAUAGUAUACUACAUUUUUAUUUACUUGUCGAUUAAAAAGAACAUUUGUAGUUUUUUUUGUAUUCGCUCGACAAAAGUGUAAGACUUUCCUGAUAGUACGUGUUCAUUUUUUGUUUUUGUUUUUUUUUGUUUAAACUCCACGACAAAUAAUGUAUGUGUGGGGAGAAAAAAUAUGAGGAGAAAUAUGUAGAUAUAUAUGUAUCCUCGAUAUAUAUACAAUAAUAUUAUAUGAUUCCAAGAUCAACGAUCAAGGGGAGUCGUUUGGCCAUGAGAUACACAAACAGUGUUUACUAAUAAAUUGACAAGAAGAUGAAAAUAAUAUUCAGAAAUGAGAAAAUAAGUCGAAUGAAAAAAAAAAAAAGAAAAAAAAAUAAUGUUAUGUGAAAAAAAAAAAAACGAAAAGAGAUUGAAAUUUUCUUACGAAAUUGCUACACAUGAAUUAUCGUUUAUCUUGCUAAAAUGUUAUUUUUUCUCUUAUAUUUUGUGCGUAACGUUAUCAGAUUUAAAAAGAAAAAGAAAAAAAAAGAGGAAGAAGCUUAAAAAAAAAAAAAAAAAACAGCAUAUAUUAUGAUAAACGAAAUUUUACUAUUCCGAAAAUUGACGACGUCUGAAUAAAUUGACAUGCUGAAAAAAAUAGAAUUUAGCACGGCGAUAAGAAUGUGAAAUAGAGAAAGAGAGAGAGAGAGAGAGAAAGAAAAGAAAAGAAAAGAAAAAAAAAUUAUUUAAAAUUCAAUCGCUUAUUUCGUUACUCGACGACCGAGUCUUUCGUUCGUCGCACCAGUGUCUACGGUUACAAUAAUGUAAAUUAUGAUACACGUGUCGGCAGAGAACGCGCACCGAUACGACCGUGUAAAGCGCAAGGGUACCGCCUUUCUAACGAACCUCUUUAAGUCAAGAAAACUCAACUUAGGGAUGAAGAUUAACGAAGACGAAGAAAUGGAACGUUCUCCUAGGAUUGAGUCACCUGCCAUUAUCGCAAACACGUGCCGACGAGGGGGAAACGAGAACGACAAUGCCGUGUCGAGGAUUCCGUCGACCUUGAGCGUCACUGCCGUCGACGUCGACGUUGCUUGUCAGCCCUCACCGUCACACUCUUUUUUGACCUCGACACCAGGUAGAACGCGAAACAUCGAUCAGGAUAUGGAGGCAAUCAGGCUCAGUCGUCAAGACAAUCCAUAUCUUCAGGUAUUGGCCAGUCGCGAGAGUCUUGUCGAAUCGAUCGGAGAAUCAGAAUCGGACGAUGCGAAUCUUAUGUCUCAAGAAUUUUGCGACACGGACCCUUUGACCCUGGCCCAAGUACACGAGCACCUAGUUCGUAGUCCACCCCCUGCCUCCUGGCCACAUUCAACGGCGUUUGAUUUUUCCCGACAUAAUCAAAAUUGUGGAACUCAUAGGGGAAACGAGCAAGAGCUUUCGAGGAGUGAACCUUCUACGGAUAUAAGAGAUCGUCACUCGCAUACUUUCUCCCUGUUACACCCAACUCCGAUAAGAAGUUUUUCGGAGGUACGUCGACUUCACAGAUCAGCUGAUGAUAGCGUUCAAUUGAUGUCGAACGAAUAAGACAAAUUAAAAGAUGAUUAAUUCAUCGAGAUUAUGAUUUUAUUCGACACAUCCGACUCGUCCUUAAAUUGGAUUGUAUUUUCGAAUGUUGUCGAUCGACGAAGAAGUGAAGGAAGAAAAAAUGGAAGAAGAAGAAAAAUGAAAGGGUUGUGAAAAAUCAAUGGAAAUUUUUCAUCAACCUUGUAUAUCGACUUUUAAAAAAAUGCUAUGAAAGAAGGAAGCAUUAAUCGGUCGAUUUUAAUCUUCUUUUUUUUUUAUCUAGUCAUCAUUACAGAUAAUUAAUCUGAAUGUUUAGUUAACCAAAUCUUAAUUAUUACUUGUUGUUUAUUUUUUGUUAGUUAAAUACGAUGUUUUUGAGAUAAAGAGAACAAUUAUUAUUACUUUUACUCAAUCUUCUUGUUUCGUUGUCAUUUUAAUGUCAUCGUAUUUACACUAAUUGGAGAUUGUACGUUAAAAUAUUAUUUCUAUUAUUUUCUAUUCGUAUAAUUUAUAGAUACAAUCUCGAGAAGAAAGAGAAA